UGGCAGAGCCUGCUGGCAGGGGAUGAUGCAAUCCUGAAGGCUCCAACCAGGGCCUUGGAGGAGCUGGGGAAAGUCCUGCGCCCUGGCUGAGCCGGUUACCGUGGGAACUGCCGUCGGGCGGAAGUGAUGCUUCGCCGGCUCCUCCUCCACCGCUGGGGGAGCUGCAUGGGAAGCCAUUUCCUGCGCUGUCUGUGUCCUUUGCUGCUCCCGCGGUUACCGCGCUGCGUGUUCAGCCUGGAGUCCAUAAGGCCCUCCAAGCGACCCCGCAGCAACCUCAUGACACCACCCCGAAUCGGGACGCACAACGGCACCUUCCACUGCGAUGAAGCUCUGGCGUGCGCGCUGCUACGCCUCCUGCCAGAGUACCGCAAUGCAGAAAUUGUGCGGACUCGGGACCCCGAAAAACUUGCUUCUUGUGACGUCGUGGUAGACGUAGGUGGCGAGUAUGACCCUCAGAGACAUCGAUAUGACCAUCACCAGAGGUGGGUUUCAGGUACCGUUUCUUUGAUUUCCUUUAUUUCAGCUUUCAAGUGCUCCAAUAAGUCAAGCCGUCCACUGCUGUGGUCCCUGGCAGUGAAGGGAGCUGCCUGCCUCAUUUUUUAAAGGCAGCUUAGUCCUAUGGGACCACAGCCUUCCAUCCGUCCAGCUCUCUGACAGCUCUGCUCCCAUCUCGCUGUCCUUUGGUCACCCUGAGCCUUGCAUCUGCCCAGGCCUCCCUUGGCUCCCACUCAGACUUCAAGCCUCUUCCGACCUCACCGCUUCCGUUGCUCAGUCAGGCUUUUCUUCCGCUUAUGCCCCAGCUAGGAUUAACCCGUUGUGCACAAUCUGAUGACGGUUCAGAUGUGUGUGGUCUUAUACUUUGUUUACA